GAAACUGUGGAAAAAUUCAAUGCGUUAAGGCAAACUUCUUUUCCAAAUGUUAUUGGAGCUGUUAAAGGCUGUCAUAUUGCCAUAUUAGCACCUUGGGAGAAGAGAAGUGUGAUGCCAAAAUUAGAUAGGAAUAUGUUUUACAACCGUAAACAAGUUCCAUCAGUAUUGCUCCAGGGAAUUGUCAAUACAGACCAAAUCUUCAUAGACGUUUUUGCUGUUUGGUCUGGCUCAUCUCACGAUGCUAGAAUAUUUCGAAAAAGCACAAUAGGGCAGAAUAUUUUAGAAAAUCAUAGCUCUAUACUCCUCCCCAAUUGCCAUAUUUUAGGCGAUGGAGCAUAUCCAUUAACCGAAAAAAUUAUGGUGCCAUAUAAGGAUAAUGGUCACCUAACACAAAAUCAAGAGAAUUUUACUAAGAUUUUAAGCAGUUCACGUGUGGUUGUCGAACAAGCUUUUGAAAAACUUAUCGGAAGAUUUCGAAAAUUAAAACAUAUGGAUGUAUACCAUAAAUUGUACUGUGGUAAGAUUAUCACCCCUGCAUGUUGUCUACACAAUAUUUGUAUGACAACUGGAGAUGACUUUGAUGCCGAUCCAUAUGUGUCUAAAAUAGAGAUAGGAGGUGAUCUACAUGAAGAUGGGACUAGAAGCGGAGUAUUAAAGCGUAAUGAAAUUUGCAAUGCAUUGCUACUACAAUAUCACAUUUAA